AUGGAGUCAAUGAAUUUUGUAAAUGAUGAUUGGAAUUUUGACAAACUUUCAGAUGUUGAUAUGACUAAGUUUGAUUGGUUUCCUGAAAUUUUCCCUAUGAACUUUCCAGUUGAGAUCACCAACCCCACAACCUCGGUUCCUAUAAUCGUUGAUCAGGUAAUCAUGGACCAAAACAAUAACCAACAGUUAUUAGAACCCUUUCAGUCAGCCCCAUUUAACCAACAAAUCUUUCCUCCUUCUCCUCUUCCACCUUCAAUUACAACGCUAGUGUAUGAGCCAGCAACAAUUGCGGCACCGCAAGAAUGGAUUGAUCUGCAGCAACAAUCCAUGAUGUCGGAUAACAUUCAUCCUACAUUCACCUUACCCAUGAUCACUCCUCUGAUCCAAACUCAUACAAAAAAAAAUCAGCCAAUAAAAACUACCUAUGAACUGAUGGGAGAGGAACUCACAAAUGAUUCAUGGACGUGGAACAAGAAUGGAGAGAAGCGAAUCAAAAGUUCUCAAUUUUUGAGGUCUCACGCUGGUUGGAAUGGAAGUGCGAAACACAAUCUUCCGAAAGGCAUAAAUAUUGUGCCCAAAGCAUUAAGUUUGAAUUCAUCAACGUCGUCGUCGUUCAAACGCUCUAAACGUUCCAAGGUUGUUGCUUCUCCAAUCGGCCCAACUAUGCCUAUGAUUGAAAUUGAGAGCGCAUCCCCAAACAAAGACAAAAUGGUGGUUGUGGCGACGGAGAACAAAUGUGAUGACAGAGAGGAGAAAAACGUUGUUUUGAUUCCUGACAAAUUCGUGAGUGAAGAUAUUCUCGUGGGCUUUGAAGAACUCAAUGGAGUUACUACUUCCACCUAA